UGGGGAUUUUUAACCUUUUCGUGAAUUUCGUGGCGAUUUCAGGGUGAUAAGAACAAAUUCAAGGCCCAGGAAGCUGGAUGCAAUAACCGUAUUGCGGUAAACCCUCUUUGAAAAACAAGAAAAAGGAGACGACGGUGUUGUCUCGAAGAUUCGGAAAGAACAAAAAGGAUUACCGAAAAGUUAAUUGUUAAUAGAAAUUACCGAAAGUGCACCGAUAUCAGGAUAAAGGAAGACGAGACGGAGGGCAGUGAUGGAUGUGGCCAAACUGUUUGACGACCUCGAGUCAAACAACCUGGAACGGGUCGAUGAAGUGAAGCGAAAGUUUCAAGAGAUUUUUACCUCGACGAAGGAAUCAUGGUUGGCGUGCAAUAUGAUGGAAUACUUUGGCCAGACGUCCUCAGUUCGGAUAGUGGAUAUACUGGUCAAGGUGCAACAACCCCACGAUAAGUACAUUUUCGAUAAGCUGUCCGAGUGGAUUCGCAACGCAAGCACGAAAGCGCUUGGUCUUACACUAUUCGGGCAUAUCAUCCAAAAGCGCCCGCUAUGGCUGUACAAGGUGGGGACACAUCAGCUGGUUAAAGACGUGUUGAAACUGUCCAAGCUGGAGAAGGAUAUUACCUCCCUGAUCAAUGCGGUUUUGUGCAUCAUCGACUUGCUUCCGGUGAUUCCGUUGGCCAUGGGGAGUUUUGUUCAGGAUCUGUUCGACGUAUUCAACUAUCUGGCGACUUGGAAACAAAACGAAACACAGUUACCCGAGUAUCAGCUGAUACAUCUACAGUUUGGAUUGUAUGAACUGUUUACCCGUCUGUACGGCAUGUAUCCGUGCAAUUUUGUGGCCUUUUUGAAACAGGAGUACGCUUCGGGUGGCAGACAGGCAGUGUUUCAGCACACAAUCAAACCACUGCUUGAUACGGUCAAAAUUCAUCCGCGCUUGGUGCUAUCCGAUCGUGACAGUGAAACGAGUCAGCAGCGAUGGAAAAAUAUGGAGCCGCACGAUGUGGUGAACGAGUGUGCUCGUAUGUCGCUGGAAACGCACGAACCUCAACCACUGGACAGCCAUUCUCAGUUGAUGGCGCUCGGUUCGGGAAAUUCGGAAUGUCCGUGCUAUAUGACUCCCAUUAAACCGCACGAAUACACAGCGGGUAAAGCACUCGAUUUCCAAUGGAAGGCUAAUGUGAACUUCUUUAACACUCUAUCGCUCGAUCAGCAGUUGUGCACGGUUACGGCACAGAAUGCGUUUUGGUCACCUAAUAGUAAUCUCAUGCAACCGACGCCUCCUCCGACCAGCACCGUGCCACACACUCCGAUACCGACUCCUAGCUAUACGAUUCCGCAACAUCCUGCCCCGCAACCAGCGGCUGCUGAUGGAGCAUCACCACCGGAGGCAGCCGUGGAAGCAACCCCUGAAACCACGCCAAUGAAAGAUCUCAAGCCGAGCACGAACCGUCCCUAUCCAACGUCGGUUAAGCCCGUUACGGCCCGAGCCAUCUGGACACCAUCGCAACCGGCGUCUCCGAUCAAGAAGGAUCCCAAUGGACAGUCACACUUCAAUUACGAUUUUCCCUUACCGGUCGUAACCUCGAAGAAGCUGUUGCGUGUAUUGAACGAUCGCAAUCAAUCGAUAUUGCAGCUGUCGAGCACCAAUGCUGUUACCACCGUCAGUAGCAACAGCAUCACCACGACAACGAUGACGGCUACCUCGACCAACAGUAAUAGUGUCCCGUCCAGUCCGCUGCCUAUCGAUCAACCAUUGCAGCUACAGCUCGCUGGUGCCACUGUGAGUCGCAACGAGUCACCAAUGGUACCGAUUGUCGGUGGUGGAGCGGCUCGCACCGCUAACGAAUUCAGCCAGGAGGAUCAGGAAGUGAACGAUAUUAACACACCACACAUGCACCAUUCUCAAUCGCUCCCGGUAGGCACUAUGGUCCCGAUGCGCGAUUUCUAUGGUGAUGAGGACCAGGAUCAGGGAGAAGGAUCGCCAUGUUCGGCUGGUGGAUUACAUUUCAAGAAUUCGCAAUCCGUAAUUAAUUAUACGCGGCGUCGGCUGCGCAGUCAGUGUCUGGUGGAUUCGGAGCCCAACUACAGCACGGGCACCUCGCCUGCCGAUACUAGUGGUAACUAUAUGCGUAAUGGUUCCAACAUGGCCUCUCAGCUCUCAGUAGUCAAUUCUGUCUCACCGUUCGCCGUUUGUGAAGGGGUUGGCAACCAUACAUCAAAUGUUCUUUUGCCACAGCAGCAGAAGCAGCUAUCACAUCAGGAACAUCACCAGCACCAACAGCAGCAACCAUUGCAGCUUUCUGGCCGUGGCAGCGAUGCGAUUUAUACCAGCGUAGAGCAGCAGCAACAUAUAACGCACUAUCAGCAACAGUGCCAGCACCAUGUGCAUCUGCAUCAGCAGCACAAUCAUCAUCAUCAUCAUCACCACCAUCAUCAUCAGUCGAGUGUAUAUCAGCAGGGACAGCGAAGACAUUCACUACCGGAUCUCAAGCAUUAUACGCUGAAGGUUAACCCUAAGCAACUAUUGUUCAGUCCUGGCAGCAAGCAACCCCAUCAACAGGGGUUGCAAAAUGUAGAAAAGAAUGGUGCGGGAGAGAACGAAGGAGGCCGUUUGUCCUCGGAUGGAAGCAAUGCUGGCAGUAGCCCGUCGGAAGAGGAAGCCAUUUCGGCUGCAACGCACUUCCACAGAAAACAGGAGCAACGCUCCGAGCGAGUGGAACAACUAGCUCGCAACCGGGAACUAUUUCAAAUAUUGCGCGCUAGCCUAGCACCCGUAACACCAACGAGCUUCUAUCCGCAGCACCACCAUCAUCACCAUCAGUUACGCCAACAAACUUCGCAAUUGCAACCGUCGACGGGUGCAAUUGUUUCGGGCACGACCGUUCGUUCGGUAGUUCGCGAUGGCUUGAGCAUGGCUUCCUGCGGUAUGCGCAAUGCACACGAUACCAUUUCAACCGCCACACAAACGGUCAUCAGCUGGCCGCAACCAUACGAGCAGAUAUUUUACGGUAUUCUUCAAGAGGAGUUACGCUUUAAGAACAAUGCUUCGCAGCUCGAGAACGAUAAGCUGGCACAAAGGGCAAUAGGAGGACGGAUGGAUCCGUACGCUCUUUUGGAUCAGUACAUCGAGAUGUGCGCCAAGAAGCGUGCCACACUGGCCGAGAGUGCCGCGGCCGGAGGACGGUUACCCGAGUCCUACUACCAAGAUCACAUACGGUUGCUUCAUCUGCAGUUGCAAUACGAAAGACAUCGGCGUGAAAUACAUGCCGAACGCAACCGAAGAUUGUUGGGCAAAAGUCGCAAGAUUCGUGCCCUCGAGCAAAACAAUGAAGCAUUCAAGGAUCAUAUAUCCCGUUUGACCGAGGAAAUCACCUCGUUGAAUGUGGAAUUAAGCGGAGUGCGGCGUAAAACCAACGUUGACCUAAUGCAAACUUCGCGCGAGUGUUUGCGUUGGAAGGAAGCACUGCACACUGAGCAAGAGCGCACGAAAGAACAGCAGCUGAAGAUAGAAGCCCUGCAGGUUGCUAUUGACGACGAGGCACGUCAGCGACGCGAAGUAGCAGUACAGCUGGAACACGCCCAGGGAGAAAUGUUUGAUUUACGCAGCGAGUUACGACAGGCACUUGGAAAGGCGGAACUUGGGCAACAAUAUCGUGACGAACUGACGCGCCUCCAAUCGGAGCUGAUUAUGAUGGGAGAGAUUCAGCUUCGCUGCAAAGAGAAGUUGUCCGAGCUGGAUCGAUUAAAGGCGCGGGACGCCGAGAUAGCGUUGAUGAAAGCGAACUAUCAUGAAGAGUGGAAAGAAUUGAAGGGUGCAUUGCAACAGAAAUCCGCGCAACUCGAGACGGCGAAGGAGCGACAGUUAGAGCUCGAGCAGCUGCUGAUCAAGCGUGAGGAAACGAUCACACAUCAGAAGCGAACUCUGAAAUGUGUGAAGGAGGAAUAUCAGGAAAAAUUCAAGGCUUUGGAAAAUAAAUACGAAGCGCAGAAAGCAAUCAUCAUCCGAAUGGAGGAUAGCAUUGAGGAAUUACGAGGAAACAAUUGUGCUGCUAAGUCACCUGAUUCCGACAGAACUGAUGCUGUCGGGUCGUUGGAUCACACGUCGCCAUUGUCGCUGUCACUGGCUUCCAGCGAGGGUUUAUCGGAAAUUCGCAAUCUUUCUGCACUCGUGGCGCCCAAUUCGGCUGGUCUGGGAGCUCAGCUGAGCGGCAAUACCAGUAAUGCACAUUCUACCAUGAUCAGCAGUACUGCAAGUUCCGAGCUGGACGCGAAUCUGCAAACACCUACCACCAGCAACCAAGGGCUUGGAGCUCUGUCGGGAGGCCACUUACCGGAUCCAUAACGAUGCCCCCAGGCGUAUUUUCGGCGAGGGCUUUGGUUUUGUUUGCGAUAACAUAGGUCUCGAUUUAUUGUUUACUAGGCGGGACCCCGAACUUGUGUUGUGAAAUAGAUUCAUCGUUGUAGAUUAUCCAGCGAGAAACCCAAUCCUAUCAAUUCAAUGCCGUACGAUAUGCAAGAUAGACCCGCCAAAAACGAGCUUAGUUGAAGUUGACCGGUUUUGUACUUUAUGUCCUCCAAUGUCUUUUCUAAUGCUUCAAUUUGCUUGGCCAGUAGCAACAGUUUGCGUUUCGAACAAUGCUUUUAGUAAAAUUGCGCACAGAGUUGUAAAGAGCAAUUUAACAGCAAACAGGAAAGCAAGAAAAGAACACAUUGAUGUUAUAUGGUAUAAUAAGAAGUUUUGUUCACUGCAUUCGGAGUCGUUAAGUUUCAUUGUGCCAGAAUUCUCCAACGGCCCAAAGAGAAGCAUCUCCAAAUACGGCAACCAAAUAACUCACGGAAUAUAAUACAGAAUAGAGCGAAACUAGUACGCAGAAGGAACCUAAUUGAUGGACAAAAAUUAGAGAACAACAAAUUUACAUGUACAUUGACAUUAGAUACACUUUUUGCAAUUACAUAGACAUCUUUCGGAACGAGAAGCAGAAGAGAAACAAUUGAAAAUAUUUAGCAAUGCUCAGAGUGAGUCCACAUUAUCCUUCUUAAGACUGGAUGGUAUUACGAACUCAUCAAUGGUCAAUGUUUAGUCACGGCUUGACAAUUGUACACCAAACUAACAGGCUAGCUGUUAAAUAAUGAAACAAUACCGGGUUAAAAUUGUAUUAAAAACACACAUAAAAAAGGAAGAAAAGAGAUAUUAACCCACCCCUAAAGUGCACCUGUGUAAGCCUGUAUUGCCUGUAUCUUUGUUGGGCAACGCGAAUGCGCAGAAUGGUAAGGAACGAAAUAAAACGAAAACAAAAUAAGCAGCUGAUGAAGCGGACCAAAGAAGACCAUUGCAAUUACGUUGCUUCGUGUUUAAAACAUUCCGAAACAAUGAUUUAAUAUGAGCAUUUCUAUAAUAACUCAAGUAUUUUAAUAUGUUCAUUUUCUUUUCUACGGCUUCUUCUCGAUUGAUUUACGGCAU